UUGCGCCGGCCGAGCAGAUCGGCAGACGCCGAGCGCGGUCCACGCGCCCGCGGGUAUAAGAGCGCGCCUGGCGACCGCGCGGGUUUUCUUCACCUCCCUCCAUCUCUAUCUGAUUGUAGGAUCGCCGCCAUGUCUGUCAACGAGCGCACGUACAUCAUGAUCAAGCCCGACGGCGUCCAGCGUGGGCUCGUUGGCAAGAUCAUCCAGCGCUUCGAGGAGCGCGGCUUCAAGCUCGUCGCCAUGAAGCUCGUCCACGCGUCGGUCGAGCACCUCGAGAAGCACUACGGUGACCUCGCGGGCAAGCCGUUCUUCCCGGGCCUCGUCAAGUACAUGGCCUCCGGCCCCGUUGUCGCGAUGGUCUGGCAGGGCCUUGACGCUGUCAAGACCGGCCGCUCCAUGCUCGGUGCCACCAACCCGCUCGCGUCCGCCCCGGGCUCCAUCCGCGGCGACUUUGCGCUCGCUGUCGGCCGCAACAUCUGCCACGGAUCCGACUCUGUUGAGAACGCGGAGAAGGAGAUCAAGCUCUGGUUCCCGGAGGGUACGAUCCAGUACACCAACGUCAACGAGCAGUGGAUCUUUGAGUGAACGAAGGGAUUGCUCUGGUAGCGAUGAAGGUUUUAGACGUGUAAAAUUUGUUGUACAUCGGAUGCCAUCGGUUCAUCAGGA